GUAAACACGAGCUACUUGAGAUGGCUACUGCUUCGCUUGAACUGGAGGGCCGUUUUUCGUUGUCAAAUGACUAGAUGUAAUAUUGACGACAGCUAAAAUUUCUUGCGUAAUUCGGGACAAUAUGUUCUCAAGAAUGAUGAACGACUGAUCUGGGAACUGUGCUGACAGAGGAACAGUAAUAAUCCAAAACGUUCUAGUCCCGAGCACCAAAGAUGUGGGAGUCCCUCCCGUACCCACUCCUCCUGCGGGUACUCUCCCAUCUCUCCGUGAAAGACAUCUGCAGCUGCGGACGCGUCUGCCGGACGUGGUCGCAGGCCGCCUUCGACGACCUGCUGUGGCGAGAGAAGUUCCAGCAGGACUGGAAGGUGGACCACAGCAUCCCUCCGCUCAACGGCGCCCUCUGGAGGAACGAGUACAGCAGGCUGAGCUACGAGGCUCCGGUGCUGGAGACGGAAGUCCUGCGGGAACACACGCACCAGGUGCUGCAUGUCAGCUUCAGCCACAACGGACAUUAUUUCUCCAGCUGCUCAAAGGACGGACACGUCAAGCUCUGGAACGCCCACUUCCCCGCGACGGUGCGGCACUCGCGGAACAUGCGGGACCUGAGCUGGAACUACACGCAGUUCUCUCAGUUCAACGAGUCCGACACGCUGCUCCUGGUCUCCGGCGUUCACUUUGGUGCCCACACUGCAUCUGGAGAGAUUGCGGUGUUCAACUUGAGGGACGGAUUCGCGCUCCAGUGCCGCGUCCUCAACAAACCGUACGACAUCUUCGGGACCUGGUACGCGGAUCACUACCUGCUCUCCGGGAAGCUGCAUUUUCUCGGGCAACUGCUUUCGUGUUCCGCAGUGUGGCUCAACAAGGCCUGGCAAGAGAGUGAGUCGGAAAAGAAGCCCAUCAUUAAGCCGCUGUUCAAGUUCUUCAACAAGAAUGCCAGUUCGGUGCGCACGAUACUCGUGGCCAAUUGCGAACCUCCGCGCACUCGCGGAAAUCCCGUUUCAGACCCGUGGGCUUCGCAGGACGACGACGACACGGAUGAAGACAGUGCUGACUCGGACGAUCCCCUGGAUCCGCGAGAGAAGCUGCUCAUCUUUACGACCGGUUCCCUAACGUACGCUCCGCACCAGGUCGGAUUCAAGCGGAUACGCCCAUUCCGGUUUGCGGAACCGGAGAAAGAACCUGUGUCGCUCACUCAAAGACUCGCGGAGUACCAGGAACGGCAGUCACGCGAUCCACCCGAUCCCAUGAACCAGAAAUUUGAUACCGUAGAUGAACUGAUAGACCUCCACGGACACAUCAUCGGGAUGGGGCUAUCUCCUGACCACCGCUACCUCUACAUCAACAGCAGGCCGUGGCCGCAGAACUACGUCAUCGAAGAACCGUUGCAGCCACCCCCCAUUGCGCAGGAAAUUGACAUUCACGUGGUUGAUCUUAAGACGUUGAAAGAGAUCGGAAACCUGCUUCGAUCGCACAAGGCGUACACUCCAAACGACGAGUGCUUCUUCAUCUUCCUGGACGUCAGCGACAUGUACGUCGCAAGCGGCGCGGAGGACAAGCAGGGCCAUCUAUGGGACCGCCACUACGCAAUAUGCUUGGCUAAACUUCCACACGAUGAUGUCGUCAACGCAGUCGCGUUCAAUCCGAUGGACGAUCAGAUGCUCGUUACGGCAAGCGACGACUACACGCUGAAGGUGUGGCGAUCCAGAAACAGGGCACAGGAGCUCGGACUCACAUAGGAUCUUUCUUUGCUGCGGUUAUAUCGGAAGAUGAGGUAUUGCAGAGUUUAUUGCGAGUCAGGAAGGAAUGUAAUGUGUACCUGUAAUUUUGAAAUCUAAAAGCAGGAAUAAAAUUUAUUGGAGGAAGA